UGUCAAGUUCUGCUUGUAGGUGUGUAGUUGGCGUGACUAGUUUUCCCGGCAUUUUAGACAGUUUUCGUGUUGCUUAAGUUUUUAGAGUGUCAUGACAAGACUUCACGGCUGGGUAAAGCUUCAUUGUCAACAUGGGAGCACAGCUUCUGAACACAACUUUGCGACAGACACUGGCCGGUGUGGCCGCUCUGAUUCCCACAACAGAACCGGACUCAGGAGACGUUGAGUGCCGUGACUACCACAAGUUUAACUCCAGUUUCCAGUGUGAGUUUAUCACGAACACAUCAGACUGUGACAUAGAUGAAGGCUUCAUCAACUACCUACACUUCCCCUACUGCUCCUUACCUAACCUGGUUCCACUGGCCCUGGUUAUACUGUUCCUGUGGCUGGUGGUGCUGUUUGUACUCCUGGGUGUAUCAGCUGAUGACUAUUUUUGUCCAGCCCUGAAGGUGAUCACGGAGACUCUGAAACUGAGCCAGAACAUCGCUGGCGUGACAAUUCUAGCCUUUGGGAAUGGAGCUCCUGACAUCUUCAGUGCGGUGAGCGCCAUCAACAACUCCAGGGGUGGGGAAGCUGGGCUGGCUAUUGGAGCCUUGUUUGGUGCUGGUGUGUUUGUGACCACAGUUGUUGUCGGGGCGGUGGCAAUCCUGACGCCGUUUGAGAUGAUGCAGCGUCCGUUCCUGCGAGAUGUCGUGUUCUACCUCGCGGCAGGAUUCUGGACGUGGAGCGUCCUGUGGUUCAAGAACAUUAAUGUACCCCAGGCAAUAGGUUUCAUUGGUCUCUAUGUCGUAUAUGUAUUGGUUGUCCUCAUUGGUCGAAAGAUAAGGCAAACACAACUCAAGGCAUCUCAGAGCCAAUCAGCAAUGGCAACAGACUUUAGCAACAACUACACCAAGAGUACCAGUAUAAACGGGACCAGGGCAGACCUGCCGGAUGACCCUGAGGAUUACCUGACCUUCAGACAACCUUCAGGAAAACAUGUUCACCCUAAAAGGGCAGUCAAAGAUGAUUCAGAAAAUGUUGAUAACAUUGGCAGCAUCCAAUCACAGAAUUUCAGAGCGGGUGUUAUUGCAGGAACAUUACAGGUGACAGAAGGUGUGACAGUAGGUCCACUGCUGGGAGGACAGGCAGGAGUCAACCCGUCCUUACAGCCUCAGACUAGUGUGGAUCUCAGCAGGGCCUCCUUCAGUGCUUCAGGAGAAAGAAUGCCACUGCUGGGGAGUAUCAGGGAAGAGGACCCUGGAAGUGUAGGUCUGGCUGGUCUGCGGGGGGUACUGUGGGAGGGGCUGAACCCCAUCGACACGGCAGGGUGGAAAGACAAGGGGGCGUUCGGCAAGGCUUACGAGGUCUUUAAGGCCCCCAUUCAGCUGGUUCUGAACCUGACAGUGUCUGUUGUGGAUUUUGAAGAAGACAAUCACAACUGGAACCGCCCGCUCAACUGUCUGCACUGCAUCACUGGACCUCUGUUUGUUGUGUUUGCCAUCAAUAAUGGUUUUGUCAAGAUCGGAGGCGUGAUGCCAGUGUGGGGAGUUGUAAUGAUUUGUGGGUGGCUGCUGGCUAUCGUCGUCUUCUGCACUUCCAACAACGACAGUUACCCCAUCUACCACUGGGCUUUUGGCUAUCUGGCAUUUGUAGUGUCAGUGGUCUGGAUCUACGCCACAGCUAAUGAGAUCGUGAACCUGCUCCAGGCGUUCGGUCUGGUCUUCAACAUCAGUGACGCCAUCCUGGGACUGACCCUGCUGGCGUGGGGGAACAGUAUUGGAGACUUGGUGGCAGACACUGCGAUGGCCAGGCAGGGUUUCCCCAGGAUGGGAGUGUCAGCCUGCUUCGGUGGACCGCUCUUCAACAUGCUUAUGGGCAUAGGCAUCUCCUGUACCUUAGCAACCAUCAAGAGUCCUGGAGGGAACUUUCCGCUGAAGCGAACGAAGCUCCAGUCAGUCCUGGCGGGAGGUCUGGGGUUCAGUCUCCUCUCCUCUCUCAUCCUCAUCCCGCUGUUCAAGUUCAAGGUCGGGAGAGGGUAUGGAAUCUACCUGAUUGUCGUGUAUGUCGCCUUCCUGGGCCUGGCUCUGGCUACAGAGUUUGGGGCCUUCGGACCGCUAUUAUUCUGAUGUCCUGUCCUUGGUAUGACUCCACUUACAUGUAGACUGGUGUCCCUGUCCUUGGUGCUGAAUGAUACACCACAUAGACUGGUGUCCGGUCCUUGGUAUAUAUAAAACACUGCUUACAUGUAGGCUGCUGUCCCUGUCCUUGUCACUAAAC